AAGAUCCAGGCGUUGGUGGCACACCUCCGCGAACUCAAGGAGCAGAGCCCGGGCGAGCAGGUGGUUGUGUUCUCGCAGUUCUCGACGUUUUUGGACUUGAUCGAAAACGAGCUCAAGGGCCUUGGCUCGGACGGCGACCUGGACUUUGUCGUGCACAAGUUCGACGGCCGGUUGAACAUGGUGGACCGGGAGAAGGUGUUGCGGAAAUUCACGGCGCAGAACAAGGCGGACGGGCGCAUCUCGGUGUUGUUGCUAAGCCUCAAGACAGGCGGUGUGGGGCUCAACUUGACGGUGGCGAAACGGGCGUUCAUGAUGGACCCCUGGUGGUCGCCCAGCAUAGAGGACCAGGCCAUCGACCGCGUGCACCGCAUAGGCCAGGACCAGAACGUGAAGGUGGUGCGGUUCAUUGUGAAAAACUCGAUCGAGACCAAGAUGCUCCGCAUCCAGGAGCGCAAGAGGAUGAUGGGCGAGGCCGUGGAAGUGGAGGAGGAGGAGCGGCGCAAGCAGCGCAUCGAGGAGAUCAAGUUGUUGUUCGACGAGUAG